UCUCACGCCUGUCGACACUUCUUAAAAACAAAUUUUCAAUUUUCUCCAAGGCCCCUCUCUCUCUCUUCUGUCUUCUUCUCAAUCUAUCUCAGUGAUCUACUUGCAAAGAAGUCUCCUUUACAGGCCCAGUUUUUUGAGACAUGGCUGGACAAAACGCGCGUUUGAAUGUGGUCCCCACCGUUACAAUGCUCGGAGUCAUGAAAGCUCGUCUCGUUGGAGCCACAAGAGGCCACGCUCUCCUCAAGAAAAAGAGCGAUGCUUUAACAGUUCAGUUCAGAGCCCUUCUCAAGAAAAUCGUAACAGCCAAAGAAUCCAUGGGAGACAUGAUGAAGACAUCUUCCUUCGCUCUCACCGAAGUCAAGUACGUCGCUGGCGAGAAUGUCAAACACGUCGUCCUCGAGAACGUCAAAGAAGCAACCCUCAAAGUCCGUUCAAGACAAGAGAACAUCGCUGGUGUGAAGCUCCCAAAGUUCGAUCACUUCUCAGAAGGCGAGACCAAGAAUGACUUAACCGGUUUAGCUAGAGGUGGACAGCAAGUCCAAGCUUGCCGUGUGGCUUACGUUAAAGCCAUUGAGGUUUUGGUUGAGCUUGCUUCUCUCCAGACUUCGUUCUUGACGCUUGAUGAAGCGAUCAAGACGACUAACCGGAGGGUGAAUGCUUUGGAGAAUGUGGUGAAACCGAAGAUUGAGAAUACGAUUAGUUACAUCAAGGGAGAGCUUGAUGAGCUUGAGAGGGAAGAUUUCUUUAGGUUGAAGAAGAUUCAAGGGUAUAAGAGGAGGGAAGUGGAGAGACAAGCAGCUAAUGCGAAGGCGUUUGCUGAAGAGAUGGUUCUUGAAGGGAUCUCUAUGCAGAGAGGGAUUUCGAUAAACGCUGCAAGGAAUUUACUUGUUGGUGGUGGAGAGAAGGAUGCAGAUAUUAUUUUCUGAGGUGUGUGUGUGGUGCUCUCUAUUUAUCUUUUGUGAUUACUUUCUUUAUUUCUUGAAAUAAAAAUGGAUUUUGAUGUAGAUGAAAUAUUGUAUCAUCUUUGGAUUGUGCUUUGCUAUAAUUUUCCUAUUAAAGGAUUUGUGCUUGUUACUUAUAUAUAUUGUAAUAAAGAAACGUUAUGAGUUAUUUCAAUAAGUUUG